AUGGGCGGCGGCCAUCAUCAUCAUGCUCCGGCAGUCCCAGAGCCCUCUUAUGCCAAGCUUCUUGCUCCCAAGUCGGGCCUCUGUCCUCCAGACUUUUUCUAUAACCGCGAGAUUUGGUAUCCUCAUGGUGGCUUUUACUGCGACCCCAAGGCCUGGCGUAGGAACACCGUGCUAACGCUAGGAGCUAUUGGGGGAUUGAUGUACCUGUUGUUCAGGCACUCGACUGCCAACGAGGUUCGGCAUAUGCCGCCUAAGGGCUGGAUUCCUAGCAUGAUGUGGAACCCCAGCGUCCCGGAUCCAGUGGACUUCCGGGGGCGGAAGCUUGACCGCAACGGGAACCUGGUGCAGGAGUAA